CCUUACUGUAAGCUGAUUGUAAUCACAGACGCUCUGUGUGAUCGAGUUCUCUUUUAGGAACCACAAGGAAUGAUGGAAAAACUAAUUUUGUUGACGAGUGUUGUGGGACUCACGGCUGCCGCCGCCGGGGUCACUCAGCAACACCAAGUGCGCACCACGACCAUUGGAGGACAGAUACACUUCUUCUUCGAACCCAACGUGAGGCAUAUGGUGGCGGCGACUGAUUCAAAAUGCUACAUCGUGACACUUACGUAUGACGAAGCUGAUCACGUGCAUACGUCUGGCGGUCUUGAAGAUUUGGAGCUGAGAAUGAUGCGAGAGUGGAUGGGUACCCUCAACGAAACGAGUGUGUAUCAUUCCGACCCUCACCUCCCGGAACUGGUGUCUCGCUGGUGUGCCCACAAGGACAUCAUGUACCUGCAGCGACCCGACACUGCCGCGACAACAGUCGGCUCCCCAUUUGGAUAAUAUGGAUGUAGUCUGUUUUGAAAUACAGUUGUUUUAGUGGUGAAAAUCACCUAAACGAAUAAAAAGGAACUUUCGUUUGCGAA